CUGCGGCUGGAGUUGAGCGCGCAGCGUCGCCAGCCGCGGCGGUGCGGAGCGUGGGGAGCAUUCAGCCACAGCCCUCGCCUGCCGCGGAGGGUCCUGCUCCUCACUGCUGGCCAGGCUGCUCGGUGCCAGGGCCUUUCUGUCCUUGGAGCGGAUCGCUGUCCGCCGGGAGCCCUCCCGCAGCAACAGCCACAACCAGAGCUGAGGCCGCGGUGGCGGCUGUGCCCAUGCCGGGGUGUCCACACUUAGCCUCUUUCCCACCACCACCUUGCCUCACCUCAGCACUGGGGUCUUAGGUGGCCACCUGUCCCUAGCUGCAACUGAGUUGAGGCUGCACCUGUGAAAAGGCCUGACAGACAGGAUGGGUGACAUGGCGAACAGUUCCAUUGAAUUCCACCCCAAGUCCCAGCAGCAGCGGGAAGUGCCCCAUGUGGGUGGCUUUGGGUGCACACUGGCAGAACUGCGAAGCCUCAUGGAGCUCCGAGGUGCUGAGGCACUACAGAAGAUACAGGAGGCCUAUGGUGAUGUCAGCGGACUGUGCAGGAGGCUGAAGACCUCACCUACUGAGGGCCUGGCAGACAACACCAAUGACUUGGAGAAACGCAGGCAGAUCUAUGGGCAGAACUUCAUCCCACCCAAGCAGCCCAAGACCUUCCUGCAGCUGGUGUGGGAAGCCCUGCAGGACGUGACUCUUAUCAUCCUGGAGGUGGCUGCCAUCGUCUCCCUGGGCCUCUCCUUCUAUGCACCGCCUGGAGAGGAAAGUGAAGCCUGUGGGAAUGUGUCUGGUGGGGCAGAGGAUGAAGGUGAGGCCGAGGCUGGUUGGAUCGAGGGUGCUGCCAUCCUACUCUCUGUCAUCUGUGUGGUGCUGGUCACAGCCUUCAAUGACUGGAGCAAGGAAAAGCAGUUUCGGGGACUUCAGAGCCGUAUUGAGCAGGAACAAAAGUUCACGGUCAUCCGAAAUGGGCAGCUCCUCCAGGUUCCCGUGGCAGCACUGGUGGUAGGGGACAUUGCCCAGGUCAAAUACGGAGACCUUCUGCCUGCCGACGGUGUCCUCAUCCAAGGCAAUGACCUCAAGAUCGACGAGAGCUCCCUGACCGGCGAGUCGGACCAUGUGCGCAAAUCAGCAGACAAAGAUCCCAUGCUGCUCUCAGGCACUCAUGUCAUGGAAGGUUCUGGAAGAAUGGUGGUAACAGCUGUUGGUGUGAACUCCCAGACAGGCAUCAUUUUUACUUUGCUUGGGGCAGGUGGAGAGGAGGAGGAGAAAAAAGACAAGAAAGGCAAGCAGCAGGAUGGGGCGAUGGACAAUAGCCAAACCAGAGCUAAGAAACAAGAUGGGGCUGUUGCCAUGGAAAUGCAGCCCCUGAAGAGUGCCGAGGGUGGGGAAAUGGAGGAGCGGGAAAAGAAGAAGGCCAAUGUACCCAAAAAAGAGAAGUCAGUCCUUCAAGGGAAGCUCACGAAACUGGCUGUGCAGAUUGGGAAAGCAGGAUUGGUGAUGUCUGCUAUCACUGUCAUCAUCCUGGUCCUCUACUUUGUGAUUGAGACCUUCGUCGUGGAUGGCCGGGUGUGGCUGGCAGAGUGCACACCCGUCUAUGUGCAGUACUUUGUGAAGUUCUUCAUUAUUGGAGUCACCGUGUUGGUUGUGGCUGUCCCUGAGGGCCUGCCUCUUGCUGUCACUAUCUCCUUGGCUUAUUCUGUCAAGAAAAUGAUGAAGGACAACAACCUGGUACGCCACCUGGAUGCCUGUGAGACCAUGGGCAAUGCCACAGCCAUCUGUUCUGACAAGACAGGCACACUCACUACCAACCGCAUGACCGUGGUCCAGUCCUACCUAGGAGACACCCACUACAAAGAGAUUCCAGCUCCCAGCGCCCUGACUCCCAAGAUCCUUGACCUUCUGGUCCAUGCCAUCUCCAUCAACAGUGCCUACACCACCAAAAUACUACCUCCAGAGAAGGAAGGCGCUCUCCCACGCCAAGUGGGCAACAAAACAGAGUGUGCUCUGCUGGGCUUCGUCCUGGACCUGAAACGUGACUUCCAGCCGGUACGGGAACAGAUACCAGAAGAUAAGCUUUACAAGGUGUACACCUUCAACUCAGUUCGCAAGUCCAUGAGCACCGUUAUCCGCAUGCCUGACGGUGGCUUCCGCCUCUUCAGCAAAGGAGCCUCAGAGAUCCUGCUCAAAAAGUGUACGAACAUCUUAAACAGCAAUGGUGAACUCCGAGGAUUUCGUCCUCGGGACCGGGAUGACAUGGUGAAGAAGAUCAUUGAGCCCAUGGCUUGUGAUGGCCUCCGCACCAUCUGCAUUGCCUACAGGGACUUCUCUGCGAUCCAGGAGCCUGACUGGGACAAUGAGAAUGAGGUGGUGGGUGACCUUACCUGCAUAGCUGUUGUGGGCAUCGAGGACCCUGUGCGACCUGAGGUUCCUGAAGCCAUUCGGAAAUGCCAGCGUGCGGGCAUCACAGUACGUAUGGUGACUGGAGACAACAUCAACACUGCCCGGGCUAUAGCAGCUAAGUGUGGCAUCAUCCAGCCAGGGGAGGACUUCCUGUGCCUGGAGGGGAAGGAAUUCAACAGAAGGAUUCGAAACGAGAAAGGCGAGAUAGAACAGGAGCGGCUGGACAAGGUGUGGCCCAAGCUGCGGGUGCUUGCCCGGUCAUCUCCCACAGACAAACACACUCUAGUUAAAGGCAUUAUCGACAGCACGACUGGUGAGCAGCGGCAGGUGGUGGCUGUGACUGGGGAUGGCACCAAUGAUGGGCCAGCCCUCAAAAAGGCAGAUGUGGGCUUCGCCAUGGGCAUUGCAGGCACUGACGUGGCCAAGGAGGCCUCCGACAUCAUUCUGACCGAUGACAACUUCACCAGCAUUGUCAAGGCUGUCAUGUGGGGCCGCAAUGUCUAUGACAGCAUCUCCAAGUUCCUGCAGUUUCAGUUGACAGUCAAUGUGGUGGCUGUGAUUGUGGCCUUCACGGGUGCCUGCAUUACUCAGGACUCUCCUCUCAAAGCUGUGCAGAUGUUGUGGGUGAACUUGAUCAUGGACACGUUCGCCUCACUUGCCUUGGCAACGGAACCCCCAACUGAGUCACUCCUGCUGCGGAAGCCAUAUGGUCGGGACAAGCCUCUCAUCUCACGCACCAUGAUGAAGAACAUCCUUGGACAUGCUGUCUACCAGCUCACCAUCAUCUUUACUCUGCUUUUUGUUGGGGAGCUCUUCUUUGACAUUGACAGUGGAAGAAAUGCACCCCUGCACUCACCACCCUCAGAGCACUACACCAUCAUCUUCAACACAUUUGUCAUGAUGCAGCUUUUCAAUGAGAUCAAUGCCCGCAAGAUCCACGGUGAAAGGAAUGUCUUUGAUGGCAUCUUCAGCAAUCCCAUCUUCUGUACCAUUGUCCUGGGUACCUUUGGAAUUCAGAUUGUCAUCGUCCAAUUUGGUGGGAAGCCCUUCAGCUGUUCCCCACUGUCCACAGAACAGUGGCUCUGGUGCCUAUUUGUUGGUGUUGGCGAGCUGGUCUGGGGACAGGUCAUUGCCACCAUCCCCACCAGCCAGCUCAAGUGCCUGAAGGAAGCAGGGCAUGGGCCUGGGAAGGACGAGAUGACUGAUGAGGAGCUGGCCGAGGGGGAAGAAGAAAUCGACCAUGCUGAGCGAGAGCUCCGCAGGGGCCAGAUCCUCUGGUUCCGGGGCCUCAAUCGAAUCCAGACACAGAUGGAGGUAGUGAGUACCUUCAAGAGAAGCGGGUCAUUUCAGGGUGCUGUGCGCCGGCGGUCUUCGGUCCUCAGCCAGCUCCAUGACGUAACCAAUCUUUCUACCCCUACUCACAUCCGGGUGGUGAAAGCAUUCCGUAGCUCGCUUUAUGAAGGCCUGGAGAAACCGGAAUCCAAGAGCUGCAUCCAUAAUUUCAUGGCAACACCCGAGUUUCUGAUCAAUGACUACACCCACAACAUCCCGCUCAUCGAUGACACAGAUGUGGAUGAGAACGAAGAGCGCCUGAGGGCCCCGCCUCCCCCACCCCCUAACCAGAACAACAACGCCAUAGACAGCGGCAUCUACCUGACCACGCAUGCCACCAAGUCAGCUACCUCUUCAGCAUUCUCUUCCAGGCCCGGGAGCCCACUCCACAGCAUGGAGACAUCCCUCUAACCGAAACUUCUCUCAGCACAUGUACACACUCACACACACACACACACACACACACACACAC